AGAAUUAUUUUUCCAAUAUCAGAUCAGUUCAACCAGUAUCAAAUCUGACCUUAAGAUGAAUACUGUGAAUUUUGCAAGCUUUUCUUUUUUGUUUUUUUCCAUUGCAAUAAGUGUAUUUGCAGAUAAAGAUUGCUUAAAUCCUAAUCAACGGAAAGGCUAUUGCAUAACAAUAGCAGAAUGUCCUGUUUUAAAGGCUUUAGGAGAAAAAGCAUCACCAACACCUGAGGAGAGACAGUUUUUAAGUGAUUCUGUUUGCACUGAUGGUUUUGGAGAGGUUCCAUAUGUUUGCUGCACUACUGAUACAAAUUAUAAGGAUCCUGCUAUAAAUCAGAGGCUAUCUAACGAUUUGCUACCUGGUCCUGAAAUUUGUGGUGAUCAACCAAGUGGAAGCAAGAUCUAUAGUGGAAAAGAAACAGAAAUUGAUGAGUUUCCUUGGAUGGCAUUAUUUAACUAUGGAACGGACGAAGAACCGAUUUUUGGUUGUGCGGGCAGUAUUAUCAAUUCUAGAUACAUUAUAACCGCAGCGCAUUGUAUUGUUGAAAAGCCAAACAUUAACUCCAUUCGCUUGGGAGAAUAUGAUACUGAAAAUAACGGUAUAGAUUGCAUCGGAACUGAUUGUGCUGAUCCCGUUUUAAAUGUUUUCAUCGAAAGUAUUAUAAUUCAUCCGAAUUACAAUAUAAAAAGCCGACAUCGUCACAAUGAUAUUGCAUUGAUUCGUGUGAAAGAUGAAAUUCAAUACACUUCAUUUAUUUCACCAGUUUGCAUGCCAUGGGUCUUAAAACUCAAUCCCAGUGAAGUGGGUAAAAAUUUGGUAGUUGCCGGAUGGGGUAGGACACUAAAAGAUAAAAAAAGUAGCAUUAAACAGAAGGUAGCCGUGCCAAUUGGUGAGCAUUUGGCAUGUCAACAGGCAUUCUGGAGAGCAAAAGUAAUUUUAUUGCAAUCACAACAAGUUUGUGCAGGAGGUAAUUUCCUUGAAGAUGCUUGCGAUGGUGAUUCAGGAGGACCAUUAAUGGUUUUCAAGGGCAAAUGGGCUAUAGAGGGAAUUGUUUCUUAUUCCAGAGGAUGUGGAUUAGAAGUACCCGGAGUUUAUACACGCGUAGCGGGAUAUGAAGAUUGGAUAGUAUCAAGCUUGAAGGAAUAAGACGAUUUUCUUAUGUUGAUUAGUGAAAGAAGCAAAUCCAUUGCAUUUACCAGUUUAUAAAUAAUGUUAGGGUAAAAAUUGAUAAAUUAAUAAACACAUUUUAAAAUUUA